AUGCUUCGCGUAUGUUAUAUUACAAAUUGGUCUCGAUAUCGAUCUGGUGAAGCGAAAUUUGAAAUUGAAUUUAUUGAUCCAUUUAUGUGCUCUCAUAUAAUUUAUGCUUAUGCAAUUAUUGAUGAUCAUAAACCAGAAAUAGUACCCGUACAAAAAGAUGAUCUUGAACAUUAUCGUGAACUUGCUCUAUUAAAAAAAUCAAAUCCAAAUUUAAAAAUAUUGAUCCGAUUAGGAGGUAAAAUUUCUCUAUAUACGCGGUUUUUACGACAUCCAAAUAUGGCUGCACAGAUAGUUCGAAGUCUUAUAUGGUUUAUGGCGACACACAGUUUUGAUGGAGUUGAUAUUGCACUUGAAUUUGCUGAUGCAGAUGUUCCAGAAGAUAAAGCAGCAUUAACAACAUUACUUGAAGAAUUAGGAAAACAAAGACGAUUAAUGCAUCGAACAAUUAUUACAUUAACAGCUGCACCAUUCGUAGAAAAUCUUUUGAAAGUAUAUGACAUUCGAAAAAUUGAAAGUCUUGUUAAUUAUAUUAAUUUAAUGACUUUUGAUUUUUAUGGUCCAUGGGAUGAGAAAACAGGUAUAUUUGCACCAUUAUUUCAUCAACCUUAUCAAUUAGAAACUGAAUCACUUCGAAAUGUUGAUGGUCUUGUUAAAUUAUGGCUUAGUCUUGGUAUACCACGAGAAAAACUUAUUAUUGGUAUACCAGCUUAUGGUCGGUCAUUUUCAUUAUCAACUGAACAAAAAGGUCUUCAUGCACCAACUAAUGGACCUGGUCAUCCUGGUCGGUAUACAAAAACGAAAGGUUUUCUUUCCUACUAUGAGGUAUGUGAAAAAGGACAAUCUCAGAAUUGGCAAAGAGUAUGGUUAGAUUCUGAAAAAGGAUGGUAUAUGACUAGUGAUGAUCAAUGGAUUAGUUAUGAAGAUGUUGAUUCAGCAGCACUUAAAGCGCAAUAUGCAAAAGCAGAGCAACUUGGUGGUAUAUUUAUAUGGAGUAUUGAUAAUGAUGAAUUUUCUGGUUUCUUUUGUAAUACGGAACCAUUUCCAAUUACUCGACAAGUUUUCUCAACUCUUAAUCUUCCAUUACCUGAAACAAGUUCACGAACAAUUGCUAUUCAUCAACGAAUUCCAUCUAUUAUUGGAUCUCCUACGAAUACUCCGACUGUUCGUUUUGUUAAUGUACAAGCUCAAACAACACCUCCACCAGCAAUAAUUCCAAAUAAUUUACAACAAUUAUUAAAUGCUCUUAGUAUUCUAUCAGGUACAACACGUUAUACACCUAUAUUAGAAUCAUCAUCAUCAUCAUCAUCAGCCGCACCACCACCACCACCAGUAGCUCAUCAAACAUAUAAUGCUGAACAAAUAUGUUCUCGUCAUCAAGCUGGUCGUAAUGGAAUUUAUGGUGAUCGGCGAAAUUGUUCAAUAUUUUAUUUUUGUGAAGGUGAUGAUUUAAAUGCAUUACGUUAUCAUAUAUUUUUCUGUCCACCUGGACUUGAAUUUUCUAUGGAAGCAUGUACAUGUGAUUGGCCAACAGGUCGUUCAUGUCACACAACAAGUGAUACAUUUUGUGUAUCACAUGCAUCACCAGCAACAACUACAACAACAACAACACCAAUACCGCCAACAUAUCCUUCAAAUAUUCCUCAAUCAGCAAUGAUUGCAUUAAAUGGUUUAGGUCAAUUAUUAGGUACAUCGGGUAGUUCAUCACCCAUAUUUGAUUGUAAUGGUCGACGUUCUGGUCUCUAUCGAGAUAUGUAUGAUUGUACGAAAUUUUAUUUUUGUACAACAAAUAAUCAACCAUCGGAUGGUACAUUACUUCGUUAUGAUUUCAUUUGUCCAACAAAUUAUGCAUUUAGUAUGACAACUUGUCGAUGUGAACUCGGACAAAGUCAUACAUGUCAUACAUUAACAAAAACAGACUGUCUUCUUUUAUAA